AUGGCGAGCCUAAGGACUUUCGAUGCGUUCCCAAAAACCGACCAGCAGCACGUCCGUCGGUCAUCUCGCGGGGGCAUUAUGUCCAUAAUGAUGUACCUGUUCCUGCUGUUUAUCGCGUGGGGGGAAUUUGGCAGCUACUUUGGGGGCUAUUUGGACGAGCAGUACAUCAUCGACCCCGAACUGCGGCAGACAACGCAGAUUAACAUGGACGUGAUGGUGCAAAUGCCGUGCAAAUACCUCGACGUCAAGGCAACUGAUAUUACCAGGGACAUUAACGACGUGUCGAAAAGACUGGUGUUCAAGAAUAUCCCUUUCUUCGUACCGUACGGCACCACAUUUGACUCUGUUAAUGAGGUCCGCACCCCGGACAUCGACGGCAUGUUAGCCGAUGCCAUACCGCUCAAGUUCCGCGAAAAUAUCCCAGAUGCUGACCUGCCCGAGGAGUUUGAGUUUAACGGAUGCCAUAUCUACGGCUCGAUCCCCGUCAACCGCGUCAAGGGCGAACUGCACAUCACUCCCAAGGGCUGGAGGUACUCUUCUCGCCAGCGCGUGCCCCAUGACGAGAUCAACCUGACCCACAUCUUCAACGAGUUUUCAUUUGGUGAGUUUUUCCCUUACAUUGACAAUACGCUCGACCAAGUAGGCCGCUACGCGCAGCAGCGUCUGACCCGAUUCCAUUACUUUGUUUCCGUGUUGCCGACAAUCUACCGCAAGAUGGGUGCUGUUGUGGACACAAAUCAAUACUCCGUUAGCCAUAACGACAUCACCUAUACGUCAAGCCGCCUAUACACGCCAGGGAUCUUUAUUCUAUACAACUUCGAAGCCUUGACUGUCGUCGUCCAGGACAAGCGUAUUAGCUUUUGGGCGUUUUUGAUCCGGCUCGUGACCAUGCUCUCGUUUAUCGUCUACAUCGCCGCCUGGGCCUUCCGCCUGGUUGACUGGCUGCUUAUAUCUACUCUAGGCCCGCGGUGGUCUCUGCGUUACGGGGAGCCACAUGACUCUUCGAAAGGUCUACUGGAAUAG